AUCAAUUGGCACAAAUACGGAGCUUGGGCCACCUGCGCAUAUGGUUUAUAGGAGCUGUCCGAUGACCGAUUAAUAGAGGUUGAUCGCUGGUAGCACUGUUACGCUACUUUAGUUCACGUCAAGGAGCAGAAUUUUUUUACCAAAAAGAGUUACAACAGUUUCUUUAAUUUGUGCGCGUUUUCCCUAGAAUGAAAAAAUCUUGACAACUUGCAGCUCACUUUUCCUGUUUGUUUUCCGGUAACGUCUGUUAACGAGACACAAAUAUAUUAUUUUCAUUAAAAACGUUUUCUAAUCACCUUUUUAUUUAGCGGUAGCAGCAGUAAAAUAUAGGCGACGACUAGGAUAACGAGAUAGAAAUAGAUGCGUUCGCGUUUAAAAAUCAACUCCAGUUUAAUUGCAAUAAAAUUAGCAAAACAAUAUAGUCAGAGACAGAUAAAAAUAAAGGACAUCAUUUCUAUAAUAGCGAACGUAGUUAGAUGAGUUUACAGUGCAAACGUCCGCCUCCUCAAUUGACCGUGAUGGGACUUUCCAUGUCGUGGUUUGUUGGAAAAGGGCUGAAAUUUAUUAGACAUAACGCAUUUUCACGUGCUGCUAUCGAAUUCUGAAUCAAAUUCCAUUGUUUUCUUUCGUCGUCUUCUACGUUUCGGUCAUCGUUGCUCAAGGUCCCUUUUAACGUUUUUGGCGUCUUCCGAGGGCAUUGAAAAUCUUAAAAUAACCCGCUAAGGGUGGAGUAUUUCCAGCUUUCAUGCCCCCCCCUCCCGUCAAAUUCUUUAGAUGUCAACGGUCAACCUUUAUGUUAUAGCUUUUUCAAUUCCAAUAGUUGUCAUCAGAGACAGGUCAAUUUCAUAAAACUUCGGUCUCUGGGACUCUUAUCGUCUCUCAUGUCAAUUAUCUAGAAAUACCGACCAGAUGAGAUUUUAUUGUUGUCUCCUCAAAUCAUUAGAUUUAAAAGCAGUUUCGUUAUAGUCUCGAAAAAAAACAUUUUUUAUACUUAUACUAAGAUUUAAAAACAUCCUUAAGAAUGUUUUCAGCCUUAUAAUGCUCCAAAAAUUAAAACGGCCUAGCCUCAACAGAAAAUCAGACGUUCUUAUGACAAAAUAAAAUAAAAGUGUAUCCGUUUAUGUGGGCGGAAAGACAAGGCGUCAGUAAAGUGCGAUUUAUGCAUACCACCUGUGUUAACAAGAAAAGGCACGGCACGACAAAGGAAAUGAAUGGGGUCCAUUUUUUAUUUCACCUUUCCCCUCUUUUCCCUCUUUUCGUCUUCUUUGAUAUGUAGUUAAUCUAUGUUUCACUUAUUCUCACAUUUUUUCUGAAUAUGAUAUAAUUCAGAUAACAGGGGAGUUUAAUCUAAUCGCAGUAUUAUUGCAAUACAUGAUUAACAUCUAGUAUAUAAAUACAUUUUAAUCUUUUUUAUUUGGUUUUGUUUAACAAGGAAAAAAAACUAAGUGUUUAUUUAGAACAUAACAAUAUUUUUUUAUUGAAAGAGAUAUCAAUAUUUUGUUUUACUAAACAGGAUUUGACACAUUAGUGGUAUAUAUUGUGUCGACCUUUCGUUGUUCGCUCCAUUUUAUUCUAUCCAUCUGUCCAUUCAUUACUGACAUACUGAGAGGUUUGGUCCAAAGCGGCGAAGAAUAGGUUUUGACACGAGAGACAAGCUGGGAUAACAUAGAAGGGGUACGCUAACUGCGUGUCUUUGUUGGAGGGUUUCAGCUUGCGAGCGAUUCACGAGAGGUUUUGCCAAGGUUAUACCAACUUCAUCAGCAGGCACACAUCAGAAACACGAUGCAGGCUUUACUUAUUACCGUUGCAGUCAUAAGUGUCAUCACCACGGGAGCCCAGGCCAUCAAUCCGUGCGAGCAAACCAUCGUCAGCAAGUGUGUGACUAGUUAUAUCUCGGAAUUCAUUGGUAACACCAGCACGAAUAAACUAGACGUGCACUGUACUGCAGAUAAGAACUUGGCUUUUUGUGUCCGGGAUGGGUUGCGGGGUGGCUGUGGUGGAGAUCUGGUCCGCUCUCUUGGUAGGGCGGUGCUUUCCUACAUAGUCAUGGACCGAAAACUCAACGUUUGCCGAUGGCAGGGCUACUGGACCCUCUUCCAAUUGCUUUAUCCGGAUUCCGAAGAUGACGACUGUGAUCAGAUUCAAAAUGACAGCGAUGAUGACGAUAAUAGUUUGACAAAGCGUGAAAAGUUCCUUCGCUUAUUGAGAUCCACAGUGAGUUCUCAGUAUCGUGCAUGUGCGCAUGCGCUCGAUGAAGGAUGCGUCCAGAAAUUCGUUACCAACAUGCAAUCCAGCCCGGACCUGUGUGUGAACAUCCCUAAGAAGUACCAGUGUCUUCAGGCAGGGAUCGGCGCAUGCCCAGCAAGAGUCCUCACCAGCCUCCUCGCCAUAUUCCCACCAGAGGCUACCAACGUGCUGACCGUGCUAUGCAAUCCAUAGCGGUGACGGAGUGACCAUAUAGGAAUACACCAAAGUACACAAUAAUAUACCUUACAUAAAGUACCUACAGGUUGCAUGCAGUUCAAAUAAGAUAACACCGCCAAAUGAUUUAGAUUUCGAGACUGAUAUUGGAUUUAUCUAAAAGUCUUCUAUGUAAUUUUAACUAUUUACUGUGAUUGACGAUCAGUGAAAAAAAGUUAUUGUGGAAGGUGAUAACAGAAACAAAUAAAAUAUGUUGCUUGCAUCAACAAAA